UCCGCAAAGCCGCCGCUGCUGCUCUCCAGGAGCGCAGUACCAUCCACAAACUUUGAUGAGCCGUAACCUUCACCAAGGAAACAAAACGUGCCGAAUACAUUUUUUUAAACGUAUUUUUUUUCCAGCUUGCAUCCGCUAAUUCGGUUCGAUCAAGGUGUCAAAAUGGAAAUCACUCCGGUUGAAAUAUUCAAAGAAGACAAUAAGUGCCUGCUUGAAGACUGUCCGGUAAAUUCUUCAGCCGAGAGCCACAAUGUGACCCACGAUGAUAACUGGGAGCCGGAAGGCAUGUCUCCCAUCAUCCCCAUCAUCACUGCAGUCUACUCCGUGGUGUUUGUGGUCGGCUUGUUGGGCAACUGCCUCGUCAUGUAUGUGAUCAUCAGGUACACAAAGAUGAAGACAGCCACCAACAUUUACAUUUUCAACUUGGCUCUCGCCGAUGCACUCGUCACCACCACAAUGCCCUUCCAGAGCACGGACUACCUGUUGAACACCUGGCCCUUUGGCGAGGUGGUCUGCAAGGUCUUCAUCUCCAUCGACUACUACAACAUGUUCACCAGCAUCUUCACCCUCACCAUGAUGAGUGUGGAUCGCUACGUGGCUGUGUGCCACCCGGUGAAGGCCCUGGACUUCCGCACUCCGAUCAACGCCAAGAUGAUCAACGUGUGCAUCUGGAUCCUGUCGUCAGCGGCGGGCAUUCCUGCUUUUAUCCUGGGUGGCACCCAGACGAAGAGCGACAUAACCGAGUGUGCCUUACAGUUCCCAGAGCCGUACGUGUACUGGGACACGCUGAUGAAGAUAUGCGUGUUCGUCUUUGCCUUCGUCGUGCCUGUGCUCAUCAUCACCGUGUGCUACUCCCUCUUGGUCCUGAGGCUGAAGAGCGUCAAAAUGUUGUCCGGCUCGAGGGAAAAAGACCGCAACCUGCGGCGGAUCACGCGGCUGGUGGUGGUCGUGGUGGCUGUGUUUGUGGUCUGCUGGACGCCCAUUCACAUUUUCAUCCUGGUCAAGGCGCUCGUGGGCAUUCCCGAAACCACCGCCAUCAUGGCCGCCUACUUCUUCUGCGUGGCUCUGGGCUACACCAACAGUAGCCUGAACCCCGUCCUGUAUGCCUUUCUGGAUGAGAACUUCAAACGCUGCUUCAAGGACUUCUGCCUCUCGACCAAACUGAAGGGGGACAAGGUGUCGGGGAGCAGGAAGACCCCCAGCGCGAGGGAGGCCGCCGUUCCUCUGGGGAACCAAGAUGGGACUAGAAAGCCCACAUGACUAGCAGUGGAACUGUCUUCAAUUUCUCACAUUGGAAAAGAAGACUCAAAUGACCUGGGCCUAACCCAUGUCACAUCAGCAAUGUAGUUCUGUCUCUAUUACAGAGUUGUUCCAUUAUCACUUGUGUUUUAACCAGUGCCAACAUUUUAUUUCAGAGAUCAAAUGAAAGGUUCUCGUUAUAAAUAGUGCGCCACGUUGAUUCAUAUUUUUCCUCAUGACAGAUUGUGUAUUUAGAUGGAAGUGAACUGGGAGAGAAUUUGGUUUAAGACCAAAAUAUUUGUCUAUAACAGUAAACAUUUCCUUUCCAAGAAAGAACUGAACUCAUUAAUUAUAUAGAUUACACGUAUUCCUAUGAGUGGGACGUCCCCAAACAAUAUCACAGAAGAGGUAAUGAGAAUAUGAUGCCAACAUUUCCCAAGAAAAUUGUUGAUUAUUUCAUGCGAAAAACCGAAAAUUGUAACAUGAUUGGCUCCUUCACACAUCAGUGUUUUUAUGGUUGUAUGCUCAUUCAAUUUUGUUCAUGCUUUUUUUCAAAUUCUCUGCAUUCCUGUCAUUUCCAACUAUAAUGUUUCUAUCACCAAAUGUGCCUUCAACAGUCCAGGAUAACGGAUGUUUGUAGCAGCGGAAAAUGGUUUCAGUAAUGAUGAGUGAGUGGGGUCAAACAGCAACUGUUUUUUUUAAAUGCAGUUAACAUGUUAGUGGUAUAGCUGCAUGAGUCACUGACAUCACGUAUGUGCCAUAAGCCUUUUCAUUUCUGUUUGAAGGUGAGCGUUUAAAUUGUGCUGAUUGACCACAAUGUGAGAGACUCAUGGUCGAAAAAAAUAAAACUCAGCAAACCGCAUCAAAGUUUGAAGUUCGUCGAUGAGAAAUGUUUAAAAAUCCUGGACUGGAAUGUGCUUUUAAAAUUUGAAAGAGGGCUCUGUAACAGCUUUGACUCUGGAGUUGUGUCCAGUUUGAUAAGUUGUUCAAUUUAUGGUAUAUAUUUCAAUCACAUGUGAUUUGUGUGGCGUUUUACUAUGAUCCUAUUGAAACACUCACGCUAUUAUUGUAGGGAACUGUUCUCAUCAGUGCAAUCUGAAAACAUGAAUAGCUGUUUAAACAAGUUGGUUAAAUACCAUUUCUUCUGUCAACUGUAUGAUAGUAUAUACGUUAUUUUGUAUAGAUAACAAAAAUGACUUUACGCAGACAUUGAAAUAUACUGUAUUCGUAGCAUGUCAAUGAUCAUUGCUAUGAUAAAGCAGCAUCGGCAGCCUGUAUGCUCGAUGGGCUGUGCUGUUAUGUUGAAUGUACUGCAAAUAGACUCUGUAUUAUAUAAACACAUGAUCGCUCAUGGUAUAAACUCAUACAUCACAUUAGAGGUCAGCUACAUAAUUCAGAAAUAAAAUCCAUUUUCAGAAUCAUUCUGUUUCUCUCUCGUGUCCCUAAACCAGAGCUUUGUGGGUUUGGGGAAACUGUUUUUAUUAUUAACAAAUCUCUAUGUAAACUGACAUAAAAAUAGAUAAAAGCACAGACGUUCUGUUACUUGACAACAAAAUAAGAGACAUUAUUCUAAGAAACUCCACUGUGACCAAGACAUCCUUGUUUUCUUUUCAGGCUCUGUGCUUAGCGUUUAAAUCUGCUGCUGCUGUAUAUUGGCUUUGACGUGUUGAUUCAAAACAUACUGUGCUUGAAGCGCUAAAUAUUAAAGCAAGUUUAACAAA